AUGGCCAGCCUAUCGCGCGAGCAGUGUCUGUUUAUCUUUGUUGACGUUGAUGAGGUUCUGGUUGGGGCUGACAAGCUAGGUGACAUUGAAAAUACCAGUGCAAAAACCUCCGUCACCACGAGGAGUACCUCUGUUAUCCCCAGCAUAGCCGCACUGCCAGAAUCCUCUCGCCUGUCAUCCGACACACCAGCACACUAUCACACCAAUCUGCCGCCCUCGCCGUCUCACUCAUCCUUCGAAAAAGACCUACGCCUCCUCAACCCUGCCUCAACGUGGAUCCCCGUCAAGAUCACCAUCCAUGGUCGUCGCCUCGACCUGCCCCACGCCCACGACGGGGUCUUCAAAUCCACCUUCCCCGUCUUCUGUGUCACCUGCCUGGGUCCCGUCAACUAUGUCUCGCUCUGCUCGACAUUCGACACGAUAUCUUCACUGACGUCCCUGCAUUGA